AUGAAGAGGCUGAAUACUAUCGAUCAUGCCUGCGAUUCAUGCCGUCAAAAGAAGCUGAGAUGCUCCAAAGAAGAACCCAAAUGUGCUAAAUGUAUACAGAAUGGAUGGGAGUGUUGCUACUCACCAAAGGCUAAUAGGACGCCAUUGACAAGGGCUCAUAUGACGAAAGUAGAGACUAAGUUAGACAGACUAGAGCAACUGUUUCGUGAGCUUUUCCCGGAGGAAGAUUUGGACAAGGUGCUCAACGAUCGGAAUACGGGUCAGUUGAAGGAAAGGCUUAAAAGGUUCCUUGUGAGAAGAGCGAAAGGGGUUGGUAAUGAUCGUAUGGAUGAUCACGAAUCUGUUGGUAUUGGCUUGGGCACCCAUAGUGAUAGUAACCAGGAGCACAUUACAGAGGGUGAAGUACCCAAGGACCCCCUUAGGGGCUUCGAUUGGGUAGAAGGUCAAGAUAUGCCCAUCGGUAGUGACAGGGUUGGAUUUAUUGUUACGGAUAUCAGUAACAGUGGGUACUACGGUCAAGAGUGCCCCCGGCUUAUCUUCAAAAAGCUGGGUAUAGAUUCAGUACCUCUUUUAACAACAAAAGCGUCAUCUAUAAAUGCGGUCACUGAUCCACAUGCUUUAUGUUCAAGAAAUGUUACAUCAAAAUAUGUGAAAGCUUACUUUGACAAUUUCCAUAUUUAUUAUCCAUUGAUUGACACGCACAUAUUUCUAAAGUUAUAUGAUAAUCAAGCAGGCUUGAGAUAUGUUGAUCAAUGGCAGAUUCUUUUCAACACCGUGCUGGCCAUCGGUGCGUGGAGUUCAGAAGGUGAAUCCACUGAUGCAGAUUUGUUCUAUUACUCUAAUGUUAAAUCACAUUUAAAGCCAAAAGUUUUCGAAGCGGGCUCUGUUACUUUAGUUAUUGCAUUCCAUUUGUUAUCCAGAUAUGCAGAGUGGAGACAAAACCCAAAUACUGGUUACCUUUAUCAUGGUCAUGCAUUGAGAAUGGCAAUCUCCUUAGGGCUUCACAGGGAUUUACCGCCUGAGGGAAUCCCAGAUGUCAUCAAAGAGAGAAGACGCAGAAUUUGGACUUGUCUCUAUUCUCAUGAAGUUCAUUCGGCACUGCUGGACGGUAGGCCAUUACAAUACAUGUUUUUCGAUGACCAAGUCACUAUCUCAUUACCUAAUUCAGUAGAGGAUGAAAAUACGUGGACAAAGGGUCCUUCCAUCUACAUGGGGGCCAUUGAAACUGCCAAAUUGCUGAAAGAGUUUGGUUAUGUAUGGUUCGUUGAUUCUAAAAUUACUACUUCUCGAUGUCUUCAAUUAUGCCAGAGAUUAGAUGCGUGUCAAAAAGCAAUGCCCAAAUACUUACAAGCCGAUGAACAUUUAACAGGGCUGACUUAUUACCUCAAGAAAUACCCUUGGAUUUCAUUUAUCAGAUUUUAUUUAAGAUGGGAGCGGCAGUGGCUACAAAUAUAUGUGCUUAGAAGGUUAUUACAGUCCGAGGGCGCUUUAAAGGUAGAACCGAAUUCCGAAUUGGAUAAGUGUGCAACGAUGCUUUCAGACAUAGCUCAAAAGACAAUUUGGGGGGUUGCCAACUAUCUCAACAAUCAUCAUUUGACUUCCUUCUUUGCCUGGUACUGUACCUUCUAUCUGUUUAAUGCAUCUUUAGUACCGUUGGCUCAGAUUUACACGGGGACCGGUGAUCGUCAGGAAUCCUUGAACCAACUUUCGACAUGCAUUAGGCUGUUCAAACAAUUGAAAGACUAUAAUUUAUCUACCUGUGAGAAAUACAUCCACAUCUUAGAUCAUCUAUGUGAUGGUGGUAUGAACACAACUGACUCUGCUACUCGUGGCACAAAUGUUGAAGUGAAAAAACAACAAACCACACAUUCACCCCCUCUGCCAACUAUGUCGAACGCACUCUCACCGUCAGUGAAAUCAGCUGCUAGUCUUUCGGAUUUGGAGAAAUUAUUUUCGAGUAGGACUCCGGUGCUUAACUUGAGAGUCCCUUCUCAACCAGCGCAGUACCCGACACAACCGGUACAAUUACCGCAAGUAUCGCCAAUAAUUCCUAGUACAACUGCGGCUUCAAAUGCUUCAAACAUGCCACAACCACCUUCCCAACUAAUUAGGCAAACAACCCCCGCGGCUUCCUUGCCGGGAAAUGAAUGCUCACCAUCGGGAUCUACUACUACGACCACUGCUCCCAACAGUGCUAUAAAGACAGGUCAUCCCCUUGAUAACGAAGGCCCGUUUUGGACAGAUCAAGCGGCGUACAAUGCAUUCGGUCUCACCUCUUCCUUGUUUAAUACUACGACGAUGGACGAUGUUUACAAUUUUUUGUUUGACGAGGAGGAUCACACACCACCCAAAUCUAAAUCUUGGCAAGACAGUGAUAGACAUUAA